GAUAAGUGACCAAAAUCAUUAUGUUUCCGUUUCAUAAUUCAUUUCGCUCUAUUAUUAAGUCCCAGUUAAAUGCAUUUCUUCAGUCCAAGCCAGAGUAUAUACUCAAUGCUAGUAGAACAUACUCAGAGAAGGAUAAUAUAAAUUCAGAUAUGGUUGACCCAAAAAGAGUAGUGAGUUAUGAUGACAUGUUGAAGGUGAUUCAUCAGCCAGAGAAGGUAAUCAUUGAUGUCCGAGAACCUGAGGAAGUACAAAGUACUGGCCAGAUACCAUCCAGCAUCAAUAUACCAUUGAAAUCUGUACAUGAGGCAUUGGUAUCUAUGUCACACGAAGAUUUUAGACGGCAGUACCACCGUGAAAAGCCAUCUAACUCUGACGAGCUAAUCUUCUAUUGUCAAUCUGGACGACGUUCUUCUGAAGCUCUAAGCCAAGCCCUGAAGAUUGGUUACGUCAAUUCUAAAACUUAUUUGGGAAGCUGGUCGGAGUGGUCAAAGAAAAGCAAGUGACAGUGAGGCAGUAGGUACAUAAUAAAAAUGUGAUUUGUCAAAAUGUGCAAUAAAAUGGUGCUUUGGUUUUAAA